AUGACAGGACCUGACAAGUCCUUCGCCGAUGAUCCCUACACCUGGGACGGUCUCACAGGAUGGAAGAGUUAUCGCAUGCUUCGACCUUUUCGAGGAAUGUAUUGGGAUGUCCGACGACGUCUACCUUACUACUGGAGCGACGUUGUCGACGGCUUCAACUAUCGAACGUGUGCGGGAACCGUACGGAUCUUCUUCGUGAACCUCUUACCUGCACUGGCAUUCCAACUGGAUAUGAUGAGACGAACGGAUGACUUUUUUGGAAUCAACGAAGGACUCUUCGCUUCAGCUCUUGCUGCUCUGGUUUUCAGCACGCUAUCCUGUCAGCCGUUGACGGUGGUUGGGAUAACUGGUUUGAUUUCGCUGUUCAACUAUACGAUCUAUGAUAUUUGCAUACAGCAAGGUAUCCGGGAGCUGUAUCCUCAGUUUAUUGCUUGGGUGUCGAUCUGGGCGGCUAUCACGCAUUGGAUCGCUGCGAUAUUUAAUCUGUGCGACUAUAUGCGAUAUAUCACGGACUUCUCCAGCAACGCUUUUGGCACCUAUGUGUCGAUCAUUUACAUGAUCAAGGGUGUUGAAGAACUCGUGGCCAACUUUGACGAACCAGGAGGUGCGGCCGGAGGUUAUCUGGGAAUUGUAAUUGCGCUGUCCUUUUGGGCCACAGUGUGGUGGUUGGAAGACAUGGGCGGAUCGAUCUUUGUAAGACCUUGGGUGCGAAAGCUGCUCUCGGACUACGCAUACCCAAUCGCCACCAUCUUCUGGACAGGAUUCUCCCAUAUCCCCGGUCGAAUCAAGGAUGCAAACUUGCCGAGAGUCCCAAUAACCCGUGCAUUUUACCCAACACAAGAUCGCAGCUGGUUGAUUGAUUUCUGGAACCUUGAAGCGAAAUGGGUCUUCGUCGCUCUUCCAAUCGGCAUCUUACUGACUCUACUCUUCUACUACGAUCACAACGUCAGUUCCCUCACAGCACAAGCGAAGGAAUUCCCAUUGAAAAAGCCCGCGGGAUUCCACUGGGACUUCUUCCUCUUAGGAUGCACCUCCUUCAUCGCGGGCAUCAUCGGCAUUCCCCUCCCCAACGGUCUCGUUCCACAGGCCCCCGUACACACAGACUCCCUGGUAGAGUACAAAGACACCCUAAAGAUCAGCAAAGAAAAGCACGAAGACGAUCCAAACGCCGAAUGGGUCACACACAACCACAAAAAAGUCGAAGCGGUUCUCGUACGCGAACAGCGUGUUUCCCACUGGUUAAUGACGCUGGGUUUCAUUGGCCUCAUGACUGGCCCCCUACUCAUCGUCCUCCACACAAUGCCUCUCGGCCUCUUCGGUGGAGUCUUCUUCGUGGUCGGCUGGAGUGGCAUCCCAGGGUUCAACACCACCCGCAAUAUCCUCUACUGCAUGAGCGAGAAGCGAUUCCAAGAACCUUCAGAUCCGCGCAACACUCUCAAGAAAUCUCGGAUUUUGUACUUCACUUCUUUCCAACUAAUCGGUGUGGCGAUCAGCGUAGCAAUCUCCCAGACCAUCGCGGCGAUUGGAUUCCCCGUCGUUWUCAUGGCUCUUAUUCCGCUGCGCUGGUGUAUUWUACCUCGAAUCUUCACGGAACAUGAGCUGAUGGUUUUGGACUCGCCUACUGCGGAUUCGGAUACCGUGCUCUGUUCAAUGGGAGGGCAGCCAGAGAGGCCGGAAGUGGUCAUGGCGAGGAGGAAGAGAGCGCAACAAGGUGCAGACGGCGAGAUGGGUGCUACGAGUAGUGGUACGAGUACAAAUGUGUCCAACGGUGACGGUGCACGUACUCGUGGUGCUUACAACAAGGAUGAAGAGGAGUUGGGUGCGGAGAGUCGAGAGAAGCAGAGGGAAGAAAAGGGGAUUCAGUCGACUUUGGAUACUGGGCAUAAUUGA